CGGAGAACAACCCUUGUCCGAGAGAUCGCGAUCCGCGGGCCGUGGGGUGGAAAGGGAUCACCACGGCAAGCAGGGGAGAGAAGAAGAGAACGGGGGCAAAAAGGAAAAGCAAAAAAGAGCUGAGUCGCCAUCGCGCACUUGGUCGCACGGGCGGGACGCAGGACUAGCGCCCAUUCGGUCGAGCGCUUCCCACCAGAGAACACCGCAGGAGUCUUACAGCUUCGAAACGAUCGACCCACUAUCCCGGAUCGGGCCUCAGCCAUGGCACCCAUGGCACCCCGACUCAGGGUCCUAUCAGUGGGCGGCAAUUCCGUCUCCGCCUUCUUAUCGUGGAGACUUCAAGCGACCAACGCCUGCGACAUCACUCUCGUCUGGAAGACGGGUUUCGACCAUGUGUCGCAAUACGGGAUAUCGUUCAAGUCGGCCGUAUUUGGCAACGAGCGGUUCAAGCCCAGGCAUGUCGUGCGGACACCAGAAGAGGCGGCCACCCGCCGAGAAGCCCCUUUCGACUACGUCAUUCUCUGUGUAAAAGCUCUUCCCGACGUGUACGACCUGGCCUCGGUGAUCGAUUCCGUCGUUACGCCUCAGCACACAUGCAUUCUGGUGAACACGACUCACGCGCUCGGGCUGGAGUCCGCCAUUGAGGAGCGCUUUCCGACCAAUGUGGUCCUGUCCCUUGUUUGCGGCGCCGAUCUCACCCAGCUUGGUGGGAGCGAGUUCGAGCAUAAGGGCUCGACCGAGUUGUGGAUUGGACCCGCCAACAAGAACCCCAACAUCCCGCCGUCAAUACAGGAGGACAUGGCGCAGGCUCUGGCUAUGACGUUGAAUACUGGCCAAGUCGACUGCAAGGUGUCUUCCAACAUCCGCCAGCAGCAAUUCGAGCGGGUGAUCGGCCCCAUUGCCUUCCAUCCUUUAACUGUCAUCUUCGAAACGCCGAACUACGCCGCACUGCUCGAGAAAGUCGGGGUAUCCAAACUUGUGUCCGACAUCAUGGACGAGCUGCUUGCCUUGGCUCAAGCUCACGGCUGCAAGUUUCCCCCCGACUUCAAGCAGACUACGAUUGACCAAUUUGCACGGUCGAACACGGAAAACAUCAUGUGGCAGGAUUAUUCGGCGAGGCGACCCAUGGAGGUCGAGACUUACCUAGGCUCGCCCGUCAGGUUAUCCCAGGAUACCGGGACCAGCGUCCCGCGGAUUGAGACACUCUAUGCCGUGCUUCAUAACCUUAACCUGGUUAACCGUAGCCGGCCAAAGGUGGACCCCGCAGUGGCAGCACCCGCUCAGCCGGGCUCGCCAUCUGCCACUCCUUCCCCGGUUCCCCGGAUGUCCGCCCAGGGCCCUCCCCGGCCGGGACCUAACGGGUUGCCCAACGGGAACGGCAUGCCUCCCAUGCGGCCACGGCCAAGGGGUUCCUCGUCUAUGGGGCCACUGGGUCCAGGAAUGCGCCGUCCGCAACCUUCCAUGAACGGGGGGCCGCCGAACGGCUAUCCACGCAUGCCAUCAAACGGGCGCACGCCGUCAAGGAGAAGCUCCAUGGACGGUACGGACCUGGAGGAAUUCAGUCACCUGGUGCUCUACGAUGAUAUCCCGGAGGGUGGCGAGCCCAGCUACCCGCAAUCUGACCCCCAUGAGCUCGCUCUUAGGGAGAGGGAGCUGCAGUUGCGGCAACGAGAGCUUGCCCUGAGGGAGCAGGAGAUGAGAAUGAGGCGGGCCGCGGGUCCGGGUCCUAGAAGGGGCCCACCCCCGCCGAUGUGGGGUGGCGGGAUGUACGAUGACGACGACGAAGACGACGAUUACUUCGAUCCUACUUCAGCGCCCGUGGGGCCGAUGAUCGACCCCGAUAAUUUCGACAUGAUGAGCGUCACCUCGAGGAAGAACCGCAAAGCGCCGAGCAGUGCCGCACAGUUUCGCAAGAAUCCCGAACACGACAGCGGCCCGCCUCGCAGCAAAUUCCGGCCGAGUUUUGGUAGGAACCGAUCGAGCCAGAUCAUGAAUACGAUUCCCGGGUUGCACGAGGACAUUAUGGACGACCCUUUGCUGGGCUUCACAUCGAACCGGUACGGCGCCGUUGAUCGGGGAGCCAUGCACGCUGGGUCGAGGGCGAAUUCCCUGACGGCUGCCCGCCUCGACGAGCUCCAGUACAAUCAAGGCCCGCCGCCAACGGGGAUGAACGGCAACGCGCCGCGCCGGUCGAGCCAGUCGCCGGGAAACCCGUAUAGCCCGUCGAUCCGCGGCGGCCCGAGCGGACGGCCCUCGCCACCGAACGGGUACCCUGCGCAGCAGAUGAACGGGCGGCCAUCACCUCCAGAGGGCGUGAGGCAGCCUAUGCCCCGCUACCCCCCGGGUCACGGCAAUGUUGUUGCGCCACAGCAGGUCGAGCAGCACGCUGGGGUGAGCGCCCUACAUCCACCCAAGACGAACAGUGCACGGAGUCUGACCGGCAGUGCGAGCGCCAGCGCGGGCAGUGGUGAGUCGACCAACCUCGACUCGGAGCGGUCGGCCCAUAGCAGCCAGAGCAGUCUCGGACCUCGUCCCCCAGUCGGCGUCCGGUGAGAGAUUCCGUGGCCAGCGUCGGGUGCGGAACUGUCCCGGAGCAUUUGAAGAGGCGAUGUUUCUCAGUCCACCUUCCGGCCGUGAAAUGGGAACUUCCUCUCUCCCAUGCUCCCCUCAACACCCCGACAUCCCCUUUCCAUCCAUCUAUCCCGCCGUUUGCGUGGCGGAAUGCACUUGGUCUAGAGGAGGGCUAGCAUAUUCAGCCGAAGAAACUGGUCUUGGUCAAGAACACGAAACGACAUGACAGAUGCAUCAUCAUCAUAGGGUUAUUAGACGGGGGGAGAUUGGCUGGUUGGGAGGAGCUCUUGGCUUAUCUGUCGUUCAGGCUGGAGAGGGGGGACGGGGGACGGGGGCAGGGCGGCGACGGUAGCGCGUACACUCUAAUUCUUAGUGAUUGUGGCUGGACUCGGGGAUGGCAAGGAAAGCGAGACUGAGCCU